GUCCCAAGCUUCGUCUCUCCCGCCGGCACCAACUUCGUUGUGGCAAGAGGACGUGCUCUGCAGCCACCCGUUCCGCAGAUCUUCGCACGCAUGCCAUCUGCAACCGCCGCGUUGAUUCUUCCGGCUCCAGUAAGCACAUUAUUCCUCAACUCGCUGGGGUCGUCUCUCCGCAGACCGGCCAAGUACGCGAGCAGCUCCGCAGAACCUAGACGAGAGCGAGGUGUCCGCCUUGCCAGGGGAGUGGUAGCUCCGCUGCUGGCGCCAGCCGAAAGAAGCAGCUCUUUGUGCCUGGUGUCCUCUACUCGUCUACGAAUAUCCGAGGGAGGGGGCGUGUGCAAAACCAACGGCCCCAGGCAAGCUCACCAGUUUGUUCGUUUGACCACUCGAGUCUCCAGGCUAGGCUGGAGUGUGCUAACCCCGUCGAUGACCCAAGAAGGGUCGACAACAACGUUGCCCUGGCACAGGCGUCGUGACGCACACUGGUCUUGGCUGGCCAUGGAUCUCCGAAUCUGCCUAUCACUAAUGGAGCUGCAGGUUUCGGCCCUACAAGGCCUCGCGGCGGCAACAAGAUGGACGUGAACCUAUGACAUGGAGCACAGAGACCCCUGUGCGACUGUUGCGCGAUGUUCAUGAAGGUCUCCCAGCAAGCCCUUCAAGGGAGAUGCCUGUCCUGUGGGAAUCACUGUCGCCACCCAUUAGACCCUGAGGAUGGGGGGUCAGGGCCACUUCGGUCGUGGCCUUUGCUUCGUGAUGUGCAAGAACCUUUGAAAGAGAAU